CGCAAAGCUACGACGCUGCUGUCAAGAAUACCGACGGAGACCCUGCGCUCUAUAUGCCCUAUGCGAAGGUUGUCUCGAAGGGCUCUACCUCCGCGAAGGUCAUGGUGUCCCUCCCGUCGCCUGGCCCACUCUCGAACAACGACUACAUCGACCUCAUCUGGCUCAAGACCGCGCAGUUUGACAAGCAGGAGAAUGCGGGCGGGACCAACAAGGACCGCGUCUUCCCCGGCCUGAUUGCUGCUGCCGGCGAGUUCAAGCCCAACGGUUCCCCAGUCAAGGGCGCGGCCACCGCUUCGGCCUCCAAGUCCGAGCCCGUCUUCACGGCACGGGUCAAGACCGGCCUGACGGUCUACCCCGUCGUACACUCGGCGGCGGGGUACGUCUGGGAGGGCGCCCCAAUCACCUUGUGAGACGACCACACUGCUCUAGAGCCGCCGCCCGCGGUCUCGUGAGCGGUGCCGCGAGUCGCGCUCGGCGCGGCGGCACCGCACCGCCGGUAGGCCCGCGCGGCCGGCGCUGUUCCUUAUUACUUAUUAGCAAGUUCUUUAGGUGUGUGUGUGUGUGUAUACCGAAUACCGUAGCUGAAAG